AUGCGCAAAUCUCGCAAUCUCCAUUUCCGCCCGCCUCCGGUGCCUCCGAUCUGCCCUUCUCUUCACCUUCAGACUGUGCAAUUUUGUGGAGUUAGGUUUCUGGGACGAGUCUCGCAACCGCCGUCGAGGACUGCUAGAUCUGCAUCCAAGUGGUUGUGACGACAGUUGCAGAAGACGCCGACGAUGGUGUGAGAGGAGAGAG